AUGACAUGCCCAUAUGAACGCUAUUACUCUCAUCAAGCUGGGUCAGCGGACGAUGGUCCAAUAGAAUUUCAAGUUCCCGGAGCAGGCGAUGACUACAUAGAUCUUUCUCAUACAUUAAUUCACUUAAAAGCUAAAAUAUUGAAUCAAGAUAACACUAAACUAGUGACGUCUACAGUUGUUGCUCCUGUGAAUAAUUGGUUACACUCACUCUUCAGUCAACUUGAUGUAUACUUGAAUCAAAAACUUGUGUCGCCACCCAAUAACACCUAUGCUUAUCGCGCUUAUAUAGAAAACUUGUUGAAUUAUGCUCCUGCGGCUAAAAACUCUCACCUCACCUGUGGUUUAUGGUACGAAGAUACAGCUGGCAACAUGGAUUCCACGACUGAUGGUAAUAAAGGAUUUAUCAAAAGACAAGAGUUAGCCGGUGAAAGUAAAGAAAUUGAAAUGAUUGGUCAUUUACAUGGUGAUUUAUUCAAUCAAGAAAAAUUUUUGAUUAACGGUGUUGAUAUGUGUGUUAAUUCUGUCAUGACACAUGCAUCUGUGCCUGCGAAACAGAGGGAAGAACUCGGAAUUACUGAUUCACUUGUGAGGCUCUCCGUAGGAUUAGAAGACACAGAAGAUCUGAUCGCAGAUUUAGAUCAAGCUCUAAAGGCUGCUUUUUGA